AUGUCUACCACGAUGCCGCUUGUUUUUUCGAAUGAAGUGAAGCAUUACUUGCCAGAGGAAUGGUACGAGCAUAUUCUCAAUACAAACCAAGACUACGAAUCUCUUCGUGUCGUCAGUCUAACCCGAGUCAAAAAUCUUGACUCAGCUUGGGGCCAUGAAUACAUACAAUUUAUCGUUGAGGAUGAAUUGUCAAAUAAACAAGCGCGUGUUUACGCGGAGUGUGGAGUACCAAAGAGUAGCAUCGACGUCAUUACCACGAGUGUCAAUCCAAUCACCUUUGGCCGUGACUCGGUGGAUGGAGUGACAAUUGGCUUUGAUAAAAAGGGCGAAAAGGGCCGAUAG